UGCCGAAAGAAACGUCGAAAAACGUCGAAUUCGAAACGUGACGUCUUUCACGUAUCGUCUAAUUUCGAUUUCAUUUGAAGCAAAAUUCUUUGACGUUUAAGUAGACAUUACUUUUGUAGUCUACCAUGGGUCACGCUGAAGAAGCCGGAGCAGAGAAUUUGAAAGGAUUGGCGAAAUAUUUUAACAGCCAGACCAACUAUGGCCGAGCAAAUGUCUCAAAGGCAACGUAUGCCGUCGUAGGAGUCGUUAUCGCAUAUUUCUACUUGAGACCAAGCAAAAAACCAGCACAAAAAUAAGUUUGUCCUGUCAUGAAGAUCUCGCGAUAGUCCUGUGCGUUCAUACGUUUUAUCUUAUGUAAUGCUCGUUUCAACACGGAUUUUGUACCUUAUUUCGUGUUGUGAAAUAAAUUCAUAGAUUUAGCGAUAUGUGCGCAUUCCGAUUUAUCGCGCCCGCUACAAUUAACAAAUCAAAUUUUGCUAAAUCUUUUUCUUCUGUAGUUUCUCUUAUAAAAUCUUGUCUCUAAAUUCCAAAAUCCGCACGUACUUUAGUAAAAAUGAACUUUUUUUUUCAUAUUUUUGACUAAUACUCGAAUUUUGGAUUAUUAUGUGCUAGUGGUUGAUUAUUUGGUUUGUUAAUUAUUGUAAGUACG